UCCAUGACCGCAAUUGAUACACAGUUUUUGGAUAACAAUCACCCAGCUGUUCGAUAAAAACGUUUGGAUUCUCCUAUUUACCACAUUCUUUAUUGUAUGUGUCCUGGUCCAGAAGUAUACCACAUUCACUGACACCAGGAAUCUGCAAGAUGCAGUUGUUUGUGUUCUUAUAGUAUUUGGAAUUUCGAUUGGUGCUACAUCUUGCAAGAUUUCCAAAUUGAAAUCUGCGCGUCAAGUAAUUACUUGUUGGUCUGUCUUCAGCUUCUUUAUUUCGGCUAUUUUUUCCAACACUAUCGUCACCAACUUAAUGGUCCCGCGCCAUUCCAUGUUGAUAGACAGUGUGAAAGACAUCGUACUAGGAAACUUCUUGUGGGGGGAACCAGAAUACAACAAUGUCAGCAAGAGGGCCCUGUAUUUCAAUCUUGAGGACCCAUGGCAAAGCCAGCUGGAGAAUCGCUUUCGCAACCUUACCAGUGACACCAGUACAGCUGCGUUGCGCUCAGGAAAAUUUGUAUUUCCUGUUCAAAGAUUCGGCUACAGCUACGUCUUCAUCGAUGUAGAUGGUUUAGAAACAAAUGAUUUAAGGGAGUUCCGCCUCAUGAAGCAGACCUUGAACGAGUUCUAUGUGUCUUUCAAGUUCAGCAAACAAUCCCCACUGCUAGAUGUAUGCUACGCAACACUCCAGCGGUUUUUUGAAGUGGGGCUCAUUGAACACUGGAAGAAAAGUGUUAUCUUAAAAUACGGAACUCCUGAUAUUGCAAUUUUGUUACGUAAUCACAAAACUGUAGAAUGUAUAGAUUCAUUUAAUCCUCUGACACUCAGUAACAAUAUGGUUGCCUUUCAAUUUAUUUUAGGUGGUUUGGCAUUGCAACACAGUUUUAUUUCUGUGGUGUUCGAUUGUGAACCUUCAGAAGAAUGA